GCACCUCGCCCAUUGCCCAGUCAAACUGAAAAACCAGGACAAGCGUCAACAUGGUCAACUAGCUAACUAAAAAUUCUUCCUUUACUUGAAGACCUCGUUACCCCCGGUUGCACACAGCAACAGAAGUUCGUGCAGUGCUGCUGCUGCUGGCGACCUAACCUUGUCUCGUUCCAGGUCUCUCCCUCAACCGUCGCCCUCCUGUUUUUGCCAGUUACUUUGCCCAAGAGCUGGCCGCCUGGAAAGAAGUCAGUCGGUGAGGGUGCGAAUGCUGCCCGGGUAUCGACUUUGUAGAUGAAUAAGUAAGCCAUUUGGUUGAAGAUUCAAAUCCCGGCUGUGCUGAAGAAAGGGUCGAACCUUGUGGAGGCUUGUCCGUGACAAGCGAGCGCCGUCGCCCAAACUAGAAGACGUGAUGGCUUCUGCACAUCGGCAGGAGGAAAUGGCUGCUUUACGUCGGACCGACGCCAUUGCCGACGCCAAGAUAUACUUGAUGACCAGGACGCCGGGAAGCGAGCUUUCGAUGUAUGAGUUGAUGACACGCGUACUGAAGACGGUGUUGGAAUCCAAGCCAGAAAACCCAGUUGAAUUGGUGAAUGAUAUCAUCCAGCAUGUGAAGAAGGGGUGGUAUGUGCCCAAGCCAGACACACUCAAGGACGAUGACAAACUGCCGAGUGUGGUUGAUGCAUGUAAUCGCGAAGUGAAGUCUAUAACGGCGUUGCAUGCAGCCAACACUGAUAGCGAUGAUGCAAACGACCUCGAGAUGGAGGAUCCUGUCAGGAACUUGAUGAUGAUGGCGUCCAUAUUCGAAGAGGGUGGGGUUGGCAUCGGAUUUGAAGAGAUGUUUCGCAUAUUUGUUCACCUGAAAGAGCUUGCUCGCAGCCGCACUAAUCUGGAGAAAGUGCGCUUCUGGGGAAAGAUCUUUGGGCUACAAAAUGACUACAUCGUAGCCGAGGGUACCAUGAAGGAUGGAGUGGACGAGGAACCCGAGGAAGACAUGAACUCGUUUCCAUCCAAACAGAGCACGGAAGAAGAAGAUGAAGAAGCUGCAAAUCAAGAAGAGGAUGGUGAAGGUGAGGAAGAGGGAGAAGGCAAGAAGAAGAUCAAGGCGCCGGUGAUAAUACCAGAGGAAGACUUUCGCACUGGCACUAACAUGAAAAUCUACUAUGUCUGCACAGAACCUGGUGAGAACUGGAUCCGUCUGCCCAAUGCCUCGCCGCAAUGCAUUAGCGUAGCUAGACAGAUCAAGAAGUACUUCACUGGAAACCUUUAUGCCGAGCUUACUUGCUAUCCACCGUUCCCAGGCCAGGAGGCCCACUACCUCCGAGCACAGAUUGCUCGUAUUUCUGCAGGCACUAUUCUAAGUCCGGUUGGGUACUACGCAAUGCCAGAAGAGGAAGAGGACGACGAAGGUGGAGCUGCAAACAUUCCACUAGAAAUCAAUGAAGAGUACGAGCCACCGGGCAUGGAUGACCUUUGCGAGAACUUGCAGAGUUGGGCCCAUUCCGUCCGCUACAUUCUCCCUCAGGGUCGCUGCACGUGGUACAACCCACUACCAGAUGCUGGAGACGACUUUGACGAUGAGAACGAAGACGAUGAAGACGAGAGGGGAAGUCUGUCGGAAGCUGUCCCACUCGCCCCCGAGUCGGGUCCCGUGAUCCUGACUCCAAUCGCUGAAGACCGGAGCUCUGCCCCGGUCGAGGCCUGGUCGGUCCGUCGAACAAUGAAGCUGUUCCCUCAGUACUCCCAUGCCAUUGUGUCCUCCAACAUCUGGCCCGGGGCAUACACGGCUGGCAAUACUAAGGAUUUUGACAGCAUCUAUGUUGGGUACGGACAUAAGUACGAGGUGGAGCCAUUCAGUCCAGCGUUCCCGCCGCAUCCAGAGCCCGAGUACCGGCUGGACCCGCAAAUCGAGGAGAAAGAGGACCCCACUGUUGAAAUGGAGGAGGCUGAAGCAGCAAAGGCCAACGAGGACGACGAAGAAGAGGAAGAGGAGGAGGCAGAAGAUGGCGAGGAGGAUGGCGGUGAUUAUGAUUAGACCCGGCAAUCUCGACGAUGAGUAUCCACCGAAUCAAAUUGAGCUAUUCUCUCAGCAGGUCCUCUUUACUUAUGUUUCUCCGAUCAACAUAGUUGGUUCUUCUCAAUGCAAAAUACUGGAAGCUACAAGAAAGAAAAAUAUGAAGACGUUUCAAGUCAUACUGAAAAGAACGAGUAUGUUUAAAAGCUAAAAGACGCAAACUGAACACACACUGUACGUCGCCUUCCUCCAAAUUUGAGAUUAUAUUUCUCUACAUGACCUGUAUUUUAUUUACAUCAAGAUUGUUUUAGUCUCCUGAUAGGCAAUAAUGAUUAUGUCCUGAGCAAAAGAUUAUGUCAACUUGAUGAGUCUUCUGUAACUGUUA